CAACUUGGCAACACUGCAAUUUAUAAAUAAACAUUUGUGCAGCUGAAAAAAGUACGUGCAGCGUUUGUUGAAAGUGCAGCGACAGCGUUUAAUUAAAAAAGAAAAUGCAUAUGAAUGUGUUUCGCCAGCAGCAUAAUCGAAGCGCAUAAGAAGUUAUUUAUAGCGCCAGAAGGAGACAGUGCCACGCCCUCGCCAAGUGUUAGCAGCCAGAGACGCAGCAAAAUGUCGCGCAGCAAGUCCAGACUACAAACCGAAGUGUGCGGCGAUUGUGGAGGCUCGGAUCCCUCGUGGGCAUCUAUAAAUCGCGGCAUAUUGCUCUGUGCCGACUGUUGCUCGGUGCACCGCAGCUUGGGGCGUCAUAUUUCCAUUGUGAAAUCACUGCGCCAAGGCAACUGGGAGCCAUCUGUUUUGAACUUUGUCAACUCGCUGAAUGCGCAUGGCGCCAAUAGCGUCUGGGAGCAUCAUCUACUUGAUGGCAGCACAAACACUUCGGGUGGCAAGCAUGUGCCACGUUGGCGCAAGCCCACGCCCAAAGAUGCGCUGCACCCUACUAAAUCGGACUUUAUCAAAGCCAAACAUGUGGCCUUGAACUUUGUGCUUAAGCCAAGCUUGCAGGAUGAUGACGAUGCCAGCGGUGGUAGUGGAAAUCUGGAGCAGGAGCUUAGCAAGCAGCUGCAUGCAAGUGUGCGCACCAGCAAUCUGGAGACUUCGCUGCGCUUUCUAGUGCAAGGCGCCGAUCCAAACUAUUAUCAUGAGGAAAAAUGCUCCACGCCGUUGCAUAUGGCUGCCAAAUUUGGCCAGGCAUCGCAAAUUGAAAUGCUGCUGAUCUAUGGCGCUGAUGUAAAUGCCCUGGAUGGCAAUGGCAUGACACCGCUGGAGCUGGCCAAGGCUAACAAUCAUAGCACCAUUGCUGAGCGACUGCUCGAUGCCAUGUAUGAUGUGACUGAUAGAAUUAUUUUGUUUCUGGGUGGCAAGAAGCCAGAUCAUGCGAGCGGUCGCCAUUUGAUUAUACCGGAGACCAAUGGCGCAGACAUAAGCGAGCAGCUGAAAAUAGCACGCGGCAAGUUGCAGCUAGUGCCGAAUAAAAUGUUUGAAGAGCUGGUAAUGGAUCUAUAUGAUGAAGUCGAUCGCCGUGAAUGCGAAGCUAUUUGGUCCACCAGCACGCUUAAUGCGGAGCACGCCACAGUGCCAUUUUUGCCAGCAAACCCAUUUCUAAGCGCAACGCGCAAUCAGGGUCGUCAAAAGCUGGCGCGUUUCAAUCGCGAUGAGUUUGCUGGCCUGCUAACUGAUGUGCUCAUCGAUGCUAAUCGUCGCCAGAAUAUGGCAAACUUGCGCCCCAUGGAUGCACCUAUGGCAAAUCAAUCCAAUCAAUUAUUGCCCUAUGGCAAUAAUUCGCUAUUGUUUAACAGCUCGUUUGAGCAGAGUGUGCACGAUCCGAAUUUGUCCGAUGACGAGCCCAUCUAUGAUCCGGUGGCUAGUGAUGAUGAUUAUGCGCCCGUGCCGCCUAUGGCACAACAGGCUAUUGUUCAUACACCGCCUAGCUCACACUACGAAAUGGAAACACUGCGCAAGCAGCUCAACGAAUAUAAGAGCGAAAUCAAUCAGCUAAAGAAUGUGGUGCAGCUGCUCUCCAGCGAGAACUCUCAGCUGAAGUCGAAAUUCAACAGCGCCUCCAAUACAAGCGUCUACGAUGAGCCACUUCGCAUUGAUUUGAAUCUAAACAGCCCCGACUCGGAACAUGAGCCUGCAUCGCUGCCAGAGGCGAACACUGCAGCAGCAGCAGCUGCCGACAGCGCCUCCUCCAAUGGCUCCUCAACGCAGUCAACCAUCAAGCGCCCCGCCAGCAUGUAUGAGCGUCGUCUGGCCAACAAUGCUGCCAAGGCCACUAGCGAUAUGCGUAAUACGACGAGCAUGUAUCAAGUAGCCGGCAAUGGCAGUCCCUUUGGCGAGGAGGUAAAGCUGCGUUCGGAUAUGGUAACACGCUGCCUGAAGGAUCUAAUCAAGGCCAUGCAUCCGGCUACAGAAGCCGAAAAGGAAUCCAUUGCGCCACAUGGCGAACGCAUACGCAGCGCUGUAACAGAUCUCAUAGCGCUCUAUGUGAAUUUGCCAGCAAAUGCUAGCGACACCAUACGCGAGACACUCAAGCAGCUCACACGCCACAACAUACUCAUACAGCAUGAGUGUUCCAAUCUGCAGAAAUCCAUUGAAGCGGAUGAUAAGCAAGCCAUACAGAACAAUACGCUGGAGGUGCGCGAUUGUGCAUUUCACAUUGCCAGCGCCAUUAGAACGCUCGUCAUGCAGUUCUAUUGAAUGACAAUAGCAUUACAACUUUUAUUAACUUUAAGCUGCGCAGCAUUUGAGCUUAGCACACACACACACACAUUUAAUAGUAUUAAACAUAAAAUCUAAAAUUUACUGUUUGUUUCAUACUAACAAAGUGCUUCCUCUCAUUGAGAAAUUUUAUUCAAAAAGUGAAUUCUGUUUGCCAAAUGAAGCAACAAUAAAUUGUGUAUCAUUUUUUUAUUU